GCCGCCAUUGCCUCGUGCCCGCGCUGGUCGGUUGGUGGCGCCUUUGUCCUACGGCGGGCAGGUGGGCUGAAGCCGAAGCCGUAGCGGCGGGUCUGAGGCGGAGGAGCGGCGGGGAGGCGGCCGCGCUGGUAGCGAUAUUAAUAAGGCAGCGGAAAGAAGAAAUAUGAAUACGGCUCCAUCAAGACCCAGCCCCACACGAAGGGAUCCCUAUGGCUUUGGAGAUAGUCGAGAUACAAGGCGUGAUCGCUCUCCAAUUCGAGGAAGUCCAAGGCGAGAACCCAGGGAUGGCAGGAAUGGCCGAGAUGCCCGCGAUAGCAGAGACAUUCGAGACCCUCGGGACUUGCGGGACCACAGAGACAGCCGGGACAUUCGGGAUCACAGAGACAGCAGAAGUAUACGUGAUGCUCGGGACCUGAGGGAUUUUCGGGACUUUCGUGAUCUAAGAGACUCUAGAGAUUUUCGAGAUCAUCGAGAUCCUGUGUAUGACAGAUACAGAGACAUAAGAGACUCUCGAGACCCUCUGUACAGGAGGGAAGGCUCUUACGACCGCUAUUUGAGGAUGGAUGACUACUGCCGGAGAAAGGAUGACUCUUACUUCGACCGCUACAGGGACAGCUUUGAUGGACGAGGUCCUCGUACAAAAGAGCGUUUGAAACGUGAGGAACGGCGUAGAGAGGAGCUUUAUCGUCAGUAUUUUGAGGAGAUCCAGCGACGCUUUGAUGCUGAGAGGCCUGUGGACUGCUCUGUUAUUGUGGUCAACAAACAGACUAAAGAUUAUGCUGAGUCUGUGGGGCGGAAGGUCCGAGACCUCGGCAUGGUUGUGGACCUGAUCUUCCUCAACACAGAGGUGUCGCUCUCACAAGCUCUGGAGGACGUCAGCCGGGGAGGGUCUCCAUUUGCCAUUGUCAUCACCCAGCAGCACCAGAUCCACCGCUCUUGCACAGUCAACAUCAUGUUUGGAACUCCACAAGAGCAUCGCAACAUGCCCCAGGCAGAUGCCAUGGUGCUGGUGGCCAGAAAUUAUGAGCGCUACAAGAAUAACUGUCGGGAGAAGGAACGUGAGGAGAUUGCCCGACAGGCAGCCAAGAUGGCUAAUGAAGCCAUUCUACAGGAAAGAGAUCGUGGAGGCCCUGAGGAGGGAGGUCGUGGGGGGCACCCUCCAGCCAUCCAGAGUCUCAUCAACCUCCUGGCAGACAACAGAUACCUCACUGCAGAAGAGACAGACAAGAUCAUCAACUACCUGCGUGAGCGGAAGGAGCGGCUCUUGAGGAGCAGCGCCGACUCUCUGCCUGGCCCGAUUUCCCGCCAGCCACUCAGGGAGGCCUCGAGUGCCUCGCUGAAGACACAAGCAAGUUCCCAACCGCUUCAGAGCAGCCAAGCGCUCCCCUCCGCUACACCCACUCCAGCUGCACCCCCCACCUCCCAGCAAGAGCUUCAGGCCAAAAUCCUCAGCCUCUUCAAUAGUGGCACAGUUGCGGCCAACAGCAGCUCUGCAUCCCCCUCAGUUGCUGCCGGAAGCUCCCAGAACCAGAAUUUUUCCACAGCAACAAACAGCCAGCCUCAGCAAAGACCACAGGCCUCAGGAAAUCAGCCUCCAAACAUUGUGGGACAGGCAGGGUCUACUCGGAACAUGGGCCCCAGGCCUGGGGCUCCUUCCCAAGCACUCUUUGGUCAGCCUUCCAGUCGCCUGGCACCUGCCAGCAGCAUAGCUAGCCAGAGGCCUGUAUCUUCCACAGGUAUUAACUUUGACAAUCCAAGUGUACAGAAGGCUCUGGACACCCUGAUCCAGAGUGGCCCUGCCCUUUCCCACCUGGUUAGCCAAACUGCAGCACAGGUGGGGCGACCCCAGGCCCCCAUGGGAUCUUACCAGAGGCAUUACUGAGGCUCUACUAGUCCACUGUCCUUAGUCCCCUUUCUCCCUGGCCCCUCCCACUUCAUCCUAAGUAGAGAUGUUUGAAAGUGUUCUUUGCACUCUCCAGGUCAACAUCAGAUUCCUAGGUUUCUCACACCGCUCCUUCCUGCGGCUGUUGCUUACCACUUAACAGAACCAGAACUCAGACUGCUUUGGGGCUGGAGCUUUUAUUUGGGUUGAAAAUAAGUGUUCCUGGGGUCUAGGCUCAGCUUCUGUCUGAUGGGGUUGCUCUGGCCCUUGCUGGUGGAUUUGGAGGAAAAAAGGAAGAAACCAAAUUCCGGCUGCCCCAGUUUGGAGCACUAUUUGUGGAGUCAGUGGUCACGGCCUUUGUUUCCACCUCCUCACAUCAGGCAGGCAGUGUCCCAUCAGAGAAUGGAACUCCAGCUCAAGGACUCAGAUUGGCUACUCUGAACUGGGGAAGCGUGACAUGGCAGCCACAGAAGAGAAGACUCUGUCUGCAGCAGAAUGGUCCCUUGGGUGUUGGCUUGGUUUUGUAGUUUCCCAUUUUCUCGGAGGGUCUGCAGAUGACUAAGCGGCUCACUCAGGACUUUGACAUGAAUUGUGACUCUGGGGCCCGCUGCUCGCUCUCCACAGCGUUAGUUGGCACUGAGAGGGCAUCUCCAGACUUACAAUGGACACCCAUGUUUUCAGUGGUUUAUUUUGAGCCCCGGACUUUUGUUUGCAUCCAGGCUCUUGUUCUCUUUUCUGAUGAGCAGGAGGUAGGGACCAUUUGAUGUUAGACUGUGGACGCUGGAUAUGUUCUCAGCAUUCGUAACUUUGGAGUCAGUGACACUUGGAGGGCUAUGGCUGCCACCCUGAAUGGAGCCGAAGGAAAACACCUCUGCCUCUGGGAAAGACUGCUCAUAAGAACCCUGUGGAUCAGAUCUGUGGGAGAGGAGGGCCUGAUUGCCCUCAGGCAAGAAUGGGAGCUCCAGUUGAGUCCCUGCCAGGGGUUGAGCAAACCGGUUUCAAAACCCAAGGUCCCCAAAUGGCAGCAGUUUAUGUUCUGAUCUGUUUGUGUUAUAUGGUGGGUUUUUUUCCCCCUCUUUGGAACUCUUGUGUUGUUGAUAAAAUGAAAUAAUUACUUUUUAAUUAAAAUAAGAAAGUCAGA